CCUCUGUGCUGCGAGUUACAGGGCCACGUAAUCUGUGUUUCCACUGAGAAGCUCAGUUACUGCUCAUCAUUCAUUUUUCAACUCAUCAAAGAGAGAAUUAGCAACGGGAGAGCAGCUAAGAGGCUGCAGUUAAGGGAUCAGCCAUGCUUGGAGGCAUCCACACAGAUUUGUUGGUCACAGUGACUCUACUCUUUCUAACUCAGACAGGGACUCAGUGCAGGGCUGAAAAUGACUUUUCAUCAGUUGUUUUACCAGACUGGAGGACAAAUUCAGAAUAUGUUACACAGUGUUUCUAUGACAGACACAACAAUCAGUUUUGUGACUGGACAAGCAACCAACAAAGAACAGAAGAAGUUACAGUGAAUAUUUUAGAAAGUGGUCCACUGGGGCUGGAGGGCAAGGCCUGUCUAGAGUUUUGGUACCUAGCCCCAGUUGCAGCUAAAGGGUCAGAACUCCGCAUUCUGCUAAAAAGCAGCGUUGGUCUGGUGGAAAUCUGGACAUCACCUGCCCUCCCCAGGGAUUCAUGGAGACAAGUGUUUAUUCCCUUGGAUGUCAACGAACCAGGGACUCAGGUUGUAUUCAAAGCAACUCGAGCAGUAUCCGUGGAGGGACAGGUCACAUUUAACCGGAUAGGUGUAAGAAGAGGAUUGUGUGGACACCAGUGUGACUCUAACACAGAGUUUUGGACAGAUGAGUCCACCCACUGCUUCUGCUCUGUCAGCCAGCUCUCCUGCUCUGUCUCUCAGUGUCCUAAGGGCCAAAUCUGUGGUCCUCAGAGAGGAAGCUCCAGUGGGAUUUCCGCCUCUGGGACAUGCACUAUACACAGCCACACAGACUGCAGCACUUUUGAUGGAGUGCUGUUCCGCUUCAUGGCCCCCUGCACCUACACACUGGCUAAGACCUGCUCAUCCACCAAGGCCCUGCCCAUGUUCAGUGUUGAGGUGGUCAAUGAGCAGAACAGGAACACAUCUCUGCCAACCAUUCAACAGGUCAUUGUGGAGAUUGGGGCCUUCAGAAUGUCCCUGCUGGAAAGGCAGACACGUCGUGUUGUGGUAAAUGGGGUCUGGAAAAAGCUUCCACUGACACUCAGCAGUGGCAGUAUCACCAUCAAGAGCAACCCUGCUGCUGUUAUAUUGGGAACCAACUUUGGUCUUUCCAUCUCAUAUGACAACGCUGGUGCUCUCAAUGUCAACUUACCACCCAGUUAUGCCAAUCAUGUCUGUGGCUUGUGUGGAAACUUUAACCACCUCAAAGAAGAUGACUUCAGAAUGCCUGAUGGUACAAAUGCCCCAAACGCUACAGUAUUGGCUCAGAGCUGGCAGACUGGGCAAUCCAACUCCUUCUGUGAAACCAUUCUAGUACCUCAUCAGUGUGACCCACUGGAGGAAGCUGAAUAUGCCAAUGAGAUGUACUGUGGAGGCCUCCUCUCUAGUACCGGGCCCUUUGCUGAUUGCCUAUCAGUUCUGGGGGCAGAGAGUUACUUCAGGGGCUGUGUGUCCGGCAUGUGCUCUACUCAUGGUGACCCAGUGGUGCUUUGUGAGACGUUAAAGGUCUAUGCUGAUAUUUGCCAAGAGGCUGGUGUUGUCAUACCCAAAUGGAGGAACUCUACAUUUUGCGCCCUUCAAUGUGGUGAGAACAGCCACUAUAACUCAUGUUCUGAUGGCUGUCCCGAAGUGUGCUCCAGCCUCGAUAUAGUUGGCACCUGUGGAAACUGUGAAGAAAGAUGUGAGUGUGACUCUGGCUUCAAACUCAGUGGGGGAAAGUGUGUCCCAGCAGAGGACUGUGGGUGCUGGUAUAAUGGAAAACACUAUGAGAGAGGAGAUACUCUGUUGGAAGGAGAGUGUGUGCAGCAGUGCCAGUGCAUGGGUAAUAAUAACAUGCAGUGCACCACAAUGCAAUGUGCAGACAAUGAGGUUUGUAAGGUCAAGGAUGGAGUCAGAGGUUGCUUCACUUUCAAACCCGCCAUCUGCAGUGUGUAUGGUGAUCCACAUUAUAUCACCUUUGAUGGGAGGGCUUAUGAUUUUCAAGGAGGGUGCAGUUACACACUGACUACCACAUGUGGAGGAGAAAGCUCAGUCCAGUUCAGUGUGAUUGGGCACAACAUGCAUCAUUCCCUUCAGAACUCCACCCGGUCCAAGCUGGAAGCCGUGACUCUUCAUAUCGACAAUCUCGACAUCACCCUGAAACAGACUGGAUGGGUCGAUGUAAAUAAUGUCCGUGUCCAGCUUCCCUAUUCCACCAAUGGUACAUACGGCUUAAUAUGGCUCUACAUGAAGAGUAAUUAUAUCAUCUUGGAGUCGACCUUUGGCCUCAGAAUAAUGAUAGAUGGGCAGUACAGACUCUUCCUGAAGGUGGAUGAGCGCUACAAGUAUGAACUGUGUGGACUGUGUGGCACCUAUUCUGGACAACAGGACGAUGACUUUGUAACACCAGGAGGCCAAAAUGCUACUGGGCCAUUUGAGUUUGGUGACAGCUGGAUGGUGCCAGGAAAUGAUGAGUGUACAUCUCAUCCAAAUGAUGUCAGACUCUGUGAUAAUGACGAGGAGAAUGAGGCCUAUCACACGUGCGACACACUGCUAAGCGAUGCUUUCAGUCCCUGCCAUGAACACAUUCACCCAAGCAUCUACCUCAACAGUUGUGUGUAUGAUUACUGUGCCACAAGCGGUGACCAACACACCCUAUGUGAAUCUCUGAAGUCCUAUGCAGCAGCAUGCCAGGUUGCAGGAGUAGAACUGAACCACUGGCAGACAGAUACACCCUGUGCUGAGCCCCCAACUCCAACUCCAACUACAACUCCUACAUCUCCAACACCAGAUCAGACUUUCUGUCCCAUGAAUUGCAACUUUGAAAAAAAUCUGUGCGGGUGGGAACAGCUCAUACAGGACAGUUUUGAUUGGACAAGAACUUCAGGGCCCACGCCAUCAUACCAAACUGGCCCAGACCAAGACCACACCACUGGUGAUGGUUUCUACAUGUAUAUUGAGGGGAAUAGUGUAACCCAUGGAGAUUCAGCCCGUCUGAUGAGCUCAGCUUGCCAUUAUGACGGCCCACUCUGCCUGCACUUCUGGUACCACAUGUAUGGCUCAGCUUCAGCCAUGGCCCUCAACAUCUACCUACUCAAAGACAAUAAAUCUACCAAGCUUUCGUCUGUGAUGAACAACUAUGGUCCAGAAUGGCAUCCAUUAGCAGUUGACAUCACAGUGUCUGGUCCAUUCCAAAUUAUAGUGGAGGGAAUUCGAGGCUCUAAUGCUCAAUCAGAUGUGGCCAUAGAUGAUAUUUCCAUCCACUUUGGCUCAUGCUCAGGUAGGUUCCCUGGCCUGAAUAGUGGAACUGAACUUCCUCCCACAUCUACAGAAAUCCUCCCUUUACAUCCAGUCUGCAAUUUCGACUGCAGCUACGACAGUGGCCUUUGUAGCUGGAAUCAGAUGGUGACAGAUGCUUUUGACUGGACGUGGCAAAGUGGUUCCACACCUACCUUGAUGACUGGGCCCUCUGCUGACCACACUGGUGAUGGUCACUAUCUUUACAUCGAGGCCAGCGGUGUGACACAUGGAGACACAGCUCGUCUCAUCAGCUCCGAGUGUUUAGAUUAUGGUUCUCAGUGUCUGCAGUUUUGGUACCAUAUGUAUGGUUCAGCCAAUACAAUGGGCAUCAAUGUCUAUUUGCUCCAAAACACAUUAGCCAAUGAUGUUUGGUCGAAAAGAAAUGACCAAGGAAAUGUAUGGCAACUGGCUCAGGUGGACUUCACAACAACCGGAGCUUUCCAGAUCAUCAUUGAGGGGCGUAGAGGUUCCAACGAAGAGUCUGAUGUGGCCAUAGAUGAUGUAAAGCUUUAUCGUGGUCGGUGCUCUGAUCCGAGUGGUGUUGUAACAAGACCUCCUAAACCUGAUGGAAACACCACAGCUCCUCCAAGUGUUUCUUUGCCAACUACUGCAGCUCCACUUACUACUCAGCCACCUGUAGCAAAUGUCACCAUUCCUCCAACAGUCGAAGCAACAACUGACCUAAUUAACAGGGACAAUGUCACUGAAACUCCUGAUAACACACUACCACCACACUCAGUCUGCAAUAUCGACUGUAACUUCGACAACAGCCUUUGUAACUGGAAUCAGAUGGUGACAGACGCUUUUGACUGGACAUGGCAAAGUGGCUCGACUCCCACUAUGAUGACUGGCCCUUCUUCAGAUCACACUACGGGAGUUGGCCAUUAUCUUUACAUCGAAGCCAGCAGCGUGACACAUGGAGACACGGCCCGCCUCAUCAGCUUGGAUUGUUCACACACUGGUCAUCAGUGUUUGCAGUUCUGGUACCAUAUGUACGGUUCAGCAGAUACAAUGGGCAUCAAUGUCUACCUGUUCCAGGACAGAAAGGCCCUUGCUGUCUGGCAAAAGAGGAAUGAUCAAGGAAAUAAAUGGCAUCUGGCUCAGGUGGACUUGACAACAACUGGAGCUUUUCAGAUAAUUUUUGAGGGGCGAAGAGGUUCCAACGAUCAGUCUGAUGUGGCCAUAGAUGAUGUAUUGCUUCAUCACGGGCACUGCACAGGUACAGAGCUUCCUCCAGCAAGUAGCUCAACCCAACCACAAACAUCAGCUUCACAUCCACCAUCAACAACUAUCUUUACAACAAUCACCACAACAACCACAACUCCAACUCCUUGUGAUACACAAACACCAACUGUGACCCCAACAACAAGACCACAACCCUCAACUACAGCUAGACCACAACCCCCAACUACAGCUAGACCACAACCCUCAACAACAGCUAGACCACAACCCCCAACUACAGCUAGACCACACCCCCCAACUACAGCUAGACCACACCCCCCAACUACAGCUAGACCACAACCCCCAACUACAGCUAGACCACACCCCCCAACAACAGCUAGACCACAACCCCCAACAACAGCUAGACCACAACCCCCAACUACAGCUAGACCACAACCCCCAACUACAGCUAGACCACAACCACCAUCAACAACUAUCUUUACAACAAUCACCACAACAACCACAACUCCAACUCCUUGUGAUACACAAACACCAACAAUAACCCCAACAACAAGACCACAACCCCCAACAACAGGUAGACCACAACCCCCAACAACAGGUAGACCACAACCCCCAACUACAGCUAGACCACAACCCCCAACAACAGCUAGACCACAACCCCCAACUACAGCUAGACCACAACCACCAACAACAGCUAGACCACAACCCCCAACUACAGCUAGACCACAACCACCAACAACAGCUAAACCACAACCUACUACAAGCAUUAAACCACAUCCAACAACAGGUACGCCUCAGCCUACAACUACUGCAGCAUCACAAUCAACAACAGCUAGACCCCAACCACCAACUACACCUGAAACAACACUCCCUUGCCCACAGAACAGUCACUAUACCAAUUGUAUAACUGCCUGCAGCCCCACCUGUACAUACCUGAAUGGCCCACCAGGCUGCAGUAACAAUGAGGAUUGUAUGCAAGGAUGUGUAUGCAAUGAAGGCUUUGUGCAGAAAGGGGGGAAUUGUGUCCCUAUCCAACAGUGUGGAUGUGUGGAUGGGAAUGGCAAUGUAUAUCAGUUCAAUGAAGUGUGGUACACCAAUCACUGCCAGCAGAAAUGUGAAUGCGAGAAAUACCAAGGCAUGGGAAGGAUUGAUUGUGACAGCAAAGAUGAGUGCGAUGGAAAUGCUGUCUGCCUUCAAAAUGAGGAGGGCAAUUAUUACUGCCAGUCUACAGGCUUCAAUGAGUGUACCAUCAAGACUGAGUACAAAACCUUUGAUAAAAUGGACUAUGACUUUAAAGGUGAGCACUCAUAUGUGCUGGUCCAGACCAAGAACCUCCCAAGUAACCUUCCAGAUGUCUACAUUGAGGCCAUCAAUAAAGAAGAUGAAGAUAGUCACCAUAGUAGUGACAGUAGCAGUGAAGAAAACCACAGUCGUAGAGCCAGGGAUGAAGAUGAAGAUGAAGAUAACAAUUCUGAUGAUAGUGAUGAAGAUGACGAUGACAGUGAAGAGGAUGAGGAAGACCACAGAUUACAAGCACUUAAAAUCAGAGUGUACAAUCACACAGUGGAGUUCAGGGAGAGACGAAAGCUUGUUGUGGAUGGAAGAAGACCCCACACUCCUGUCUCACCAACUGCUGGUCUGAACAUCUAUGAGCAUUUUUCUCGCAUCUACCUGAAGACAGACUUUGGUCUCUCAGUGGAGUUUGAUGGACAUAGCAAAGCAGAGAUUAUUCUACCACGCAUAUAUAGAAGGAAGAUAGGGGGUCUGUGUGGAAACUUUGAUGGUCAAAAGCAGAAUGACUGGAUGAAGCCGGAUGGUACCAGGGCCAGGAGUGCUAAAGAGUUUGGGGAAAGCUGGAGAGUAUGAAUAUCAGAUCCAUGUAACCAUAUCAUACAGCACUUAAAAUUGCCUUGCUUCUGAAGAAAUCUUAUUUCUAUAUUCUGUCAUAAUAUUUUAGACGCUUCAAUGUAGUGAGUCCCUGGGACCCAUCAAAUCAGUGUUAAACUAAUAUUUGAUGUUAUAUGGUUAGAAUUAUGUAUGCUGAAUAUUACAGAACAUUUGGACACGAACAAACUUAAUUUAAUUUUAAAGCUUUCUUCUAAUUUAGACUCACUGAAGAUAUUAAUACUUUUUAAUAUCUGCAUGAACCACUCUUACAUCUGGAACAAAAAUUAUUGAAAAUAUAAUUAAAAUAUAAAGCUCACCUGUUCCUCCCAUUAUACCUCUGUAUAAUCUAUAUAAUGUAUCUGUAUGCAUACACAGAGAUUAGCAAAUAGUCAUUCUUGUGUAUUAAGUUGCUAAUCGGAGUGCAGAGGAUGUCUUGGAAUAAAAUAUUUUUACCUCUUCUCAU